GCAAUGAGGGAGGUGAGGUUGUGGAUGAUACAAAUAGAAAGAGGAAACAAUUGUUCUCUCUUUCUACUUUAUUUUUCUUCUUCUUCUUCUUCUUCUUCUUCUUCUCUUUUCUUACCCAAAACUUGUCAAAUCCCUUUGUCUACCAUCUCAUUUCAAGGUUACCCUAUGAUUUGACUGUGCCGGCAGAAAGGGAGGUUCUUAUCAAAGGAUACAAAGGGGGGCCUUCUUUGUUUUUUUGGUCAACAAGUUUCAAAGAAGGCUCUUCUUCUUCUCCGCUUUUAUGUUUUCUUAAAAAACUUGUUACAAGUUAUAGGAGGAACAAGAAAGGAUAAAAUGAUGAGGUGUUGGACAUUGGCGGUUCAAUUGAUAGAGCUAUUUGUGAGCGCUUUGGUGCAUAUGCUCUAUGGUUUCUACAUAUUCAGCUCUGCAGUUGCUGGGGACCUCUCUCAAAGAUUGAGUGAUUGGUAUUUCAAGCCCAACAUGGACCUUAUCGUUAAGGAACCACAACAACAAGAAUUAACAACCGUGACAAGUUCUGCUAGCACUAGACUCGAUGAACUCCCCCCAAUUGUCUUGAUCCAUGGGAUUUUUGGAUUCGGUAAAGGAAGAUUGGGAGGUUUAUCGUAUUUUGCUGGGGCAGAAAAUAAAGAUGAGAGGGUUCUUGUUCCGGAUUUGGGUUCCCUUACAAGCAUUUAUGAUAGGGCAAGAGAGCUAUUUUAUUAUCUGAAAGGAGGGAAGGUUGAUUAUGGUGAAGAACAUAGCAAAGCUUGUGGACAUUCCCAAUUCGGAAGAACUUAUGAACGAGGAAAUUGCCCUAGAUGGGGUGAAGAUCACCCAAUUCACUUUGUUGGCCAUUCUGCUGGAGCACAGGUUGUUCGAGUUUUGCAACAAAUGCUUGCGGACAAGGCCUUCAAGGGUUACGAGAGAACUUCUGAGAACUGGGUCUUGAGCAUUACAUCCUUAUCAGGAGCCUUUAAUGGAACUACAAGAACAUACUUGGAUGGGAUGUAUCCUGAAGAUGGAAAGAGCUUGAAAUCAAUAUGUUUGCUUCAAAUAUGUCGUCUUGGCGUGAUUGUCUAUGAUUGGCUUGACAUACCUUGGUUGAAGGCUUACUAUAAUUUUGGGUUUGAUCACUUCAACAUGUCUUGGAAGAAAAAGAGCAUUUCGGGUUUGGUGGAUUGCCUACUAGGUAACUCUGGCCCAUUUACUUCAGGAGAUUGGAUACUUCCCGACCUUACAAUCCAAGGGUCUAUAGAAAUCAACUCCCAUCUACAAACAUUCCCCAAUACAUACUAUUUCAGUUAUGCAACUAAGCGUACCAGAAAAUUCAUGGGUAUCACUAUGCCUUCCAGCAUCCUUGGCAUCCAUCCCAUGCUUUUCAUCAGAGUUCUUCAGAUGAGCCAGUGGCGCCAUCCUUCUGAAGUUGCUCCUCCUUACAAAGGAUAUAGAGAUGAGGAUUGGCAGGACAAUGAUGGGGCCCUCAACACCAUAUCCAUGACACACCCUCGAUUCCCAAUUGAGCACCCAAGCCAUUUUAUUCAAGAUGAUUCCGAGUGUGAAUCCUUGCAACCAGGAAUCUGGUACUACAAGAUUAUUGAGGGAGAUCACAUAUUGUUCAUUGUCAACAGAGAGAGGGCAGGAGUCCAAUUUGAUUUGAUAUACGACAAUAUUUUUGAACGGUGUAGAAAACAUGUAUUCAAAAAGAAUCCACAAAUGUUGCCAAAUGAAGCACAACCGUGACUAUAGAACACCUUGCCCCCUUCAAUUUCUUUUAGUUAUUGCUUACCGUCCAUACUCGCCGAAUUAUAUACAGAGGAGAGAGCUAAGUUAGAAAACAAAGAUCAUCACAAUAGAAAAAAUAUAGUUUUGUAUGAUUAUUGUAAUGUUGCUAUAUCGUCUUUGGCAUUUUGCCUCUCAUCAAUUUCCUCCAAUGUAAAAAUUAAUAUAUAUAAAGUGAAAGUUAGGUUACUGUUGCCAAAUAAUAUACAUUUUGAUACCUCAAAUUUAAUUAAAUCACAACUUAGUUACUAUAAUAUAAAUUUUAUAUUUUGAUACCCCAAAUUUAAUUUUAAUAUAUAACAUUGAACAAU